AUGCGUCGCGUCACAAUCAUUUUAGCAUGUUUGACGUCAUCAGUUAUACCUGCACAUGUGUACACGGGUUUUCAAAAACAAUACACAUCCAUAUUUAGCGAGGAACAAGUCAUCUUCACGACAAACCAUAACAUAACCAAACUCUUAGUACCAGCAGAUGGAAUUUCAUAUAUCCACCAUUCAGAUAUACCUUCAAUAUUUUUUACGGUUCACGAUAAAAAUUUAGAAGGCGAACAUUGCAUUUACGUGCUGGAAGGAUUUGCUGCUUACGAAAUUCUAGAAGGCGGGAGAGAUUCUACUUCAGACUAUGGUCCAGAUAAGGCUAUUUAUUUCGGAGCUAAAGAUGGUGUGUACGUGUAUGAUGCAGCCAGCCUAUCAGCUAAGAAGUUCGGCCCCUUCCGUGACGAUAUUAUACAAAUACAAAAAGCAAACGGUUCAGAUCUUAUCUUUUAUUUAACAACACAACACAAAAUAUACAAACUCGAAAAACACGGAAUGGUCAGAACUAAAAUAACGUCAAUAAUAUGCGCUUUGGAAUUCGUUUUGGACACCUCGAAUAAUAUUUACUUCAUAGCUUGUGAAGACAAGUUGCCUAGAAUUGUUACACCAAAGGGGAAUUUAAUAUCGUUUUUCUCUAGUGUGACCAGUGAUUUUAGCGACAUCAAACUGCUAAGACCUGCGUUUAUUAUGGAUAAUUGUGUACCGUUUUUUGCUGAUGGCGUUCUCUAUAUAAUAUACUCAAACGGAACGAGUGAGAAAAAGGAUUUUCUAAUCAAGGAGAGACCGUCAGCAUUUAGCAUUGAUGCUAUGUUAUAUGUAGUAGCAGCAAUCAAUGGGAAAAUUUAUGAAUUCAAUUUAUUGGAGAUGCUGCUAAAAUCAAUGUUUAAGGUACCAUCGCGAUGGCCCGUCAAUUUGACUAACAUUAUCAUGUCAGUUAUAGAUUCAAAAGAAAGCAUAUAG